AUGUUGGAAGAAGUAAUUGGUAUGUUUAUGUCAUUAUUUUCGCUUUUCUGGAGCGAUACACCACGCGUAUCUUUUCGAGAACCAACACCUGACACGGAACAACGAGAUGAUAGAUGGCAACCAUAUAUCAAUAAAGAAUACGAAAACUUUGAUACCAACGAACAGUUCAGUUCGGUAUUGAUUAAUGGAGUAUUAACAGAUUAUACAAGGCUUGAUGCUGCUUCAUCUGAACGGAGAAGUUAUUGGGGAGUCCAUUCCGAAAAGUUUGUGGACAACAUCAAGUAUUAUGGUUAA